AUGGUAGAUUGGGUGCGGAGAGUUGGCAAGGAAAAUGGUUUUGUGAUUGUUAUAAGUAAAUCUGCUAGUAUAAAGGGCAACAAGAUGCCAAAGUGCAUUCUUAUUUGUGAAAUAGGAGGAUUGUAUAGACCGCCAUUGGAAGGGCAUUCAAUGCAAAUGAUUACUGGAACUAAGAAAUAUGAUUGCCCGUUUAAGCUGCGAGGUGUACCACAACCUCCAGACGGUGUCAUGUGGAGUUUGAAGGUUGUUAAAGAUUUUCAUAACCAUGAACCAACGGAAAGUUUUGAGGGACAUGAGUACCCGUCAAGGUUGACCCCAAUCCAGCAGCAAUUAGUUCGUGACAUGUCUAGCAGCACCGGGCCUCGAGAAAUUCUUAAUUUGCUGAGACAACAAGACUCGUCAAUUAGUACAGGAAUCAGGAGUAUUUACAAUGUGAAGGCACAGUAUAAGAAAGAGCAACUGGGGGGUCUAUCUCCUAUUGGGUACAUCUUGAAUGAAUUAAACGAGAAACAUUACAUUUACAACUAUCUUACAAAUGAACAAACCAACGAAAUCACAGAUAUUCUUUGGGUUCAUCCUACAAGCAUAGAGCUAUCUGUCAAUUUUUCGUCCGUGUUGAUUAUUGAUGCGACGUAUAAGAGUAAUGAGUAUCGAAUUCCACUCUUGGAAGUUAGAUGGAUGGUUGGAAAAGGGGCAGCGUUGCCAUUGGUGGUUAUUUCAAAUAGGGAUCUGGCACUUCUUGGCGCUAUUGAAAUCUGUUUCCCCUUGGCACAGCACAUCCUUUGUAUUUGGCACAUAAACCAGUGUGUAAUGAAGAAGUGUAGCCCUAUACUUGGUACGAGGUGGGACGAGUUUUCCGAUGCAUGGCAGUUGCUUAUUCAUUUAUCGACACCAGUGUCUUUGCAACAAAGGUGGAAUGCCAUGUGUGGAAACUUUGAGCAAUACUCUAAUGACAUACAAUACCUUUGGGAUAUAUGGUUGGGUCCUUACAAAGAGCGAUUUGUUGCAACAUAUAUAAACCAGUUUAUGCACCUCGGGAGCAAUUCAAGCCAAAGGGCGGAGUCUGCGCAUGCGAGGCUCAAACGAUACUUGGGAGAUACCAUGUCCAAGCUUCAAACAUCUUUUCAAAAAAUAGAAAAGAUGUUGACCAGUCAGUUCGGGGAUAUUCAGGGGUCGUUUCAGAAAUCUCUCAACAUUCCAUGA